AUGACUGUCUUUAAAUUUCCUACCUCCCUCUGCAAUCAGAUUAAUUCGGCCCUUGCAAAUUUUUGGUGGGGAAACUCCUCCACCAUGGGAAUUCAUUGGAAAAAAUGGGCUUCACUUGGUCUCCCUAAAUCCCAGGGUGGUUUGGGAUUUCGUAAUAUUGCUGAUUUUAACGUUGCCCUUCUUGCCAAACAAGCUUGGCGUCUGCACUCAAAUCCGGAGGCCUUGUGGGUUAGAGUGUUAAAAAGUCGUUACUUCCCUGCUGGAUCUUUUUGGGAUGCUGGCCGGGGCUGCUCCCCCUCUUGGGCUUGGUCUAGCCUUCUGGAAGGUCGCUCCCUUCUAUCUGCAGGGUCUCUUUGGUGCAUUGGGUCCGGGGCAACUGUAAAUUCCUGGUUGGACAACUGGAUUCCCAGAUAUCCCACCUUUAAUCUCAGACUCUUAGCGCCUGCCAUUUUGAAUGACUCCUCCGUGGAGGCAAUCACUGACCGGGAGUCAAAUUCAUGGAACCUCUCUACUCUCCACACUAUUCUUCCACCCGAUGCAUUAACUGCUAUCCAAGCUACUUCUUUUGGCUCUCACACAGACAUUGAUACUUUGAUAUGGUCUGCUCACUCUUCGGGUAUCUCUUCAGUCAAAAGUGGCUACAACUUUAGUGUUUCAGAAUCUGCCUCCUUGCUUACUACCCAUCCACACCACUCACAAACUACUCCCCCAUCUGUCUAG